CAAAAGAAACACGGUCAGUCUCCAAGUAACGCUAGAGAAUGUUUUGAAUUGGGUUUUGAUACGUUACUUAACAUACAGAAGCGUACCAAUUGGCUUCGUGUGUCAAAGUAACCAUGUUCAUGAUGGCACGAUCAAGACGAAUCAUGACAAGGGAUGACUGGGCUCAGUAAGCAGGGAGCUUGAAAGUAUGAUAAAGUCCCAUGUCGGAAGCUCUAGAUGCUAUUUCCCCAGGAUCCCCGCAUAAUUAGCGUGUUCUCAUAUGGCAUGUUGCCAUUUGGUGCUAUUCUGGGGAUGGAUCAAAUCGUGAAGCGAGGAAUAUAAAGACGUGAAGAUUUCCCCUGGUAGAUGUUGAUCAGUCACCUCUCUAGUAUCUCUUCUUGAGACUAAUUAAUUCUUCAUUUGAUAUUGUAAGCUCUCGAGCAUUGACGUGCAGCUAUGGGGGCUUUAUCUCCAAAAGUCUAUCAGGUAAGACAUGUUGUUCCUGAAGAACACGGUUCUUGGUCUUCGCUAACACUGCUAUCUAGUUUCUAGUAGGUGUUUUUGCCUCCGUCGGAUCUAUCCUUUAUGGCUACGAUCUAGGUACGUACAUUGUACACUCAAUGAUACCGCUACCCGCUCUAACAGCAUUCAGGUGUUAUCGCCGAAGUCGUUGCAAGUGAAACUUUUAUCAGUGAAUUCAAGCCAACUUCAACACAAACGUAGGUGACUUUUGUUCCAAUGAUACGACAUGAAACUAAUUAGCACAGUGGAAUUGUAGUAUCUUUCUUCACCGGUGGAGCAUUUUGUGGUUCUGGCCUUGCCGGACCAAUUGGAGAUAAGUUUGGCCGUCGAUGGACUAUAUUUGCAGGAUGUAUUCUCUUUAUACUAGGAGGUGGUCUCCAAACCGGUGCACAACAUAUUCAUUAUCUUUGGGCCGGUAGAUGGAUCGCCGGAUUAGGAGGUAAACCAUCAAAUCCUCAGCAACUUGCUCUAAAGGUUCAUUACUAACAACCAAUAAAUAGUCGGUUUCCUGGUUAUGAUUAUUCCUCUAUACCAAGCUGAAAUUGCACAUCCGAGUAUUCGAGGUCGUAUCACAUCCUUACAACAAUUCAUGUUGGGUAUUGGUUCUCUCGUUGCCGGCUGGAUCAGUUAUGGAACAUACGUAGGCAUCAAGGGAUCUUCUGCACAGUGGCGCUUGCCUUUGGGUCUUCAAAUGCUCCCAGCCGUCAUUCUCGCAGGUCUCAUUUUCCUCUUCCCCGAAUCACCACGUUGGCUCAUGGACCACGGUUAUCCCGAUAAAGGUCUUUCAACCCUCGCCAGAUUGCACGCACAUGGUGAUGAAAAUGAUCCCUGGGUCCGAGCCGAAUUCGAUCAAAUUCAAGAGAGCAUUACAUACGAGCACGAGCAUGAAGCGAAAUCCUAUAUGGAUCUUUUCACACAUAAAUCAUCCUUCCGCCGAUUAUUCAUCGCGUGUGCUUUACAAGCAUCGGUUCAAAUGACGGGUGUUUCAGCUAUUCAGUACUAUUCAGUAAAGAUCUAUGGACAAAUUGGUAUUGUAGGUAGUGAUGCUUUGAAAUAUCAAGCUAUCAACAAUAUCAUUGCCUUAAUCGGAGAAGCCUGCUGUGUAUUAUUCAUCGACAAAUUAGGACGAAGAUGGCCUUUAAUCUGGGGUAAUCUAUUCAACAUGGUUAGUAGAACUAUUCUCCCUCAUCCAUCAACAUCCCAAAAAUACUAACCUUAAUAACCACAGGUCACCUUCAUCAUCGCCUGUGUCCUCAUCGCCACCUUCCCCCCAUCAUCCAACCACAACAUCGGCGCCUCCUGGGGCUUCAUCAUCGUAACCUGGCUCUACAACUUUUCCUUCUCCGCGACCUGCGGUCCCCUCUCCUGGGUCAUCCCCGCCGAAAUCUUCGACACCCGCACACGCUCCAAAGGUGUCUCCAUCGCAACCAUGGUCUCCUUCGCCUUUAACACCCUCAUCGGUCAAGUAACCGAUACGGCCAUGACCAAUAUCGGUUAUCGAUAUUAUUUCCUAUUCAUCAUUUGUAAUUUCACCAAUGCGCUAUUCUUUUACUUGUUCUUGCCCGAAACGGCGAGGAAACCUUUGGAGGAAAUGAAUUAUCUUUUUACUCAUGCGCCUAUUCUUGUAAGUUUUUCCCUAUCUAUAACAUCAAAAACAAAACAAAAACAAAACAAAACAAAAACAAAACAAAAACAAAAACAAAAACAAAAACAAAAACAAAACAAAAAUAAAAAUAAAAAAGCAACACCACUAACAACAAAACUCCCCAGGUACCCGGCACAGACAAAUCCACCUACAACGCAGGCUACGCCGCCGACGUCGAGCGAAGAGCCCAUGAAAUUAGCGAGAAACAGGAUAUGGAAGUUACGCAUUAUCAAGGGGAGCUUGGACAUUAGUUGAUUUAUUUCUUUCUUUCUUAUGAGCGAUUCGAUUCAUUUACGAUGUUAUGAGAUGUCAUGUGCUGAAUGAAUGGAUGAAUGAAUGGAUGAAGAAACUAAAUACCUUAAAGAUACCAGAUACCAGAUACUAGAUACCAGACACAUACUUGAAUGAAUGGAAUAUUAAUGUUAAAUAUUUUGUA